AGUUGGGAUCGAGACGCCGUGGCGGGUGCUCGGAAAAGUUACCUGCGCGCACUUCGCGCCUCGCUCGAAGUUUUCCAGCGACGAACACGUGCUCCGUCUCGCGUUACCUCGCUGUGUCUUCGGUGUCUGCAUCGCGCUCCCCGGAUGAACGAAGGCCAUCGUUCGGAUCUCGUACCCCACGUGCAAAUGAAUCGGCGCCCAAGUUCGAGCACAGUUCCCAGCGAGAACCUCAGCCUCCUCGGUGGUCGACAGUACUGUCCUUAGCCUCGUGUUGGACGCGCUGAAAGACUCGGGGGGCGUGUCGAGGAGCUGCCUGGAUUAAGCCGUGCGGAGACAAGUUUGGAGUUCUUUGCCUGGCGGAAGAGCUGAGACGAUGCGUGCUGCAGAGGGAUGUGUUGGGGGAUGAUACGCUGAUCCCGGUGGAAGACGCGAAGAUGGACCUCUUCGUCGGAUUUCUGGCCGUUUUUCUCCUUCGGAUCGCCGCGGGUCUCAAGUGCGGCUACCCGGGUCGCCCGGCCUAUGGCCGCAUCAGCCUGAUCCGGGACUCGUACGAAGAAGGGCAGCAGGUGGCCUACUCGUGCGACAGCGGCUUCAACCUGCUCGGACAGUCCUCGAGGGGAUGCCUCGCCAACGGGACCUGGUCCGGCGCCCUGCCCGUCUGCGACACCAGCCUGGCGAUCCAGAGGAUCCCUGAGACGUCGGGCUACCUGUACGCCCACCCGCCGGUGAACGCCCUGGACGGCAGCAAGAGCAACUGCUUCUACACCACGCACCAGCACCCGCGCUGGUGGCGCGUCGACCUGGGCGCAGCCUACCACGUGCUGUCCGUCGCCAUCAGCGUGCCGCACGUCAAUUCCAGACAAGACUUGGUGGUGUCGGUAAUCAGCUACGAAGGCAACAAGGCCACCUUCAACAGAUGUGCUGCUUUCAGUGGAAAAUUCCCCACUCAGACGGUGAUACUGAUGUGCGACGAAGGCAAGGGCAUUGUCGGGCAGUUUGUCGACAUCACCGACAAGCGCAAGGAUCCAGAUUACUUCAGCCUGUGUGAGGUGGAAGUCUACGUCCUCAGGGAGAAGUACCCGUGCGGGGACCCGGACAAGCCCCCCAAGUCGUACACGGUGCCCAUCUCGCCCCAGGAGAUGGAGUACCGCUGCGUCUCGGGCUACAAGCUGGGCGGCCCCGCCACCCGCUCCUGCCUCCCGUCCGGACGCUGGUCCGGGAGGGCCCCGGACUGCCUCGAGCUAGCGUGCCCGUCCCUGGGGCCCCUGGAGAACGGCCGGGUGGCGGUGCGGGGAGCCAGCAACGGCCGCACGGUGCAGGGGAGCCAGCUGGUGUACACCUGCGACCCCGGCUACUCCCUGGACGGGAACGACACCCGCACCUGCCAGGAGGAUGCCCGCUGGGGAGGGCAACAGCCCCGCUGCCAGCCCGUGACGUGCGAGAUGCCCACGUUUGAGAUGGAGGGAGGGUCGUACCGCCUGCUCAACGUGUCCACCAGCUACGGAGACCUGGCCGAGCUCAACUGCCACCUGGGCUACGAGAGGCAGGGCUCCCGGCACACCGUCGUCUGCCAGCAGGACGGCACCUGGAGCAAGCCAGAGUCCUCCUGCACUCUCGGGCAAGUGAAGCAAAAACUCAAGGAGCAUUCGUCGAGCGAUGCCUCCGACGCAAGCUCGACUUUAACCGGUAUGGUGGCUGCCGUGAUUGCUAUCGCCUUCUUGUUUCUGCUGUCCAUGUGCGUGCUGCUGCUUCUCAAGAGGCGGAAGUAUUUCUCCGGCCCCAAGAACCAUCCCCCUAAAGCGGCCGUGAGCGCCACCAACGGGGGCACGGACGUCUCGUACACGGAGAGCAGCGGCACCAUCUACCAGAACGAGGACUUCUACACGGAGAUCCCACUGAAGCCGCCCCAGCACGACGACCAUACCGUCAACAACAACCACAUCCACAACGGCCACCAGCAGCCUCGUCUCCUUUACGAGCCGGACGUCCCGGCGUCCACCGCAGAUCGGCGAAAGAGCUCCACGCCCAGCCGCAAGAGCUCGGCGUCGUCCAGGGAAAACAUCUACGAAGAGAUCGCCCUGGCCGCGUCGCGCAGUCGCAAGCCGUCUUCCGGCGGGAGGAAGUCCGACGGGGCGGCCAUGGCGGCGCCGCCGGUGCAAGAGCGGCGGGAGGUGCACGGUCCGGACGACUCGCCGGCGCUCUAUGCCAAGGUGGACUUUGAUCAGAAGCGGAAAUCGCGCAUGAUCAAGGGCGGCGAGGACAGCGUGCAGAAGGGUCCGCCAGAGGCUGGUGUCAAGUUGAGAGACCUUCCCCCGAUUCCUCCGCCCGAAGAAGAAGGCAGGGACGCGGUUGCCAUGUCCCUGGACGGUGCGGUCACACCAAUGGCGUCCCUCGCGCCGCACGUCGUCGAAGGCGGCAACGUCUACGUCGGACAUCCGUUGGCGACAGACGGAGAGGAUGCGGUGAUGGUCGACAACCAACUCUACGUCGGGUCGUGACACGGUGCCCCCGCUCCCAACUGAGUGCACCGUGCUCCGUCGCGGCAACGAAACAUUGUCCAAGCACCGAGUCGCCGCAAAACCCCGGUGAAGAACUGACGAAACAGUGUGCUCGAGAUUCGAGUGUUCCGAAAUGUCCAAACUAUCAAAAUGCCCUUUCUGUGGACUGAAGCGGAGGGCAAAAGUGAACCUUGCGGACAGCUUACGUCUUGGGUAUUUAUGUGACGUACGAGGUGUCGGCACCUAAAUGCUCGCCAAAUAAGAGGCGAGUUGGACCGUACGAAAUCGAUGCGAAAGCUAUAUCGCUGCCGCGAAGUCGACGGUCCGAGCACUGUCGAACAAAGGACACUCAAGAGCCACUUGCGCAUUUUUGGUGUCUGAGCUGGCUACCGAAGUUGGCAAAAACAUUGUUACGUUUUGAGGAACCUACCCACGCAAAUGAUGCCGCGUUGCCGUUCGUGUCAUGAUUGAAAGGUUGAUUUCAGCUUUCAAACGUGCCUAUCCGCAACUGCGGAACAAUUUUCCUUUUUUCCAAGUCUUCGCAGACAUUCUCCGACAACAAAAAUGGCAGCGGCGACUCGGAAGGGCGGCGUUAAUCUUUGGUAUGUGCCAGCGCCGCAAAAUGGCCACACUAAAUGUAGCGGCGAAUAUUGGGAAGUCAUUCUCGGUGCGUGUUCAAACAGAUUUUUGUAAAGUCGACAACUUGCCCGAGUCGGUGUCACCUAUGGGAGAAGAAUGCGGGAAAAGAUUUGGUGCCCGUGAAACUUGUCUGUCAGCUAGGAGCCAGAAUACGACCAGAUGACCAAGAAUUGCAGAGUCCAGUAUUGUGGCUUGUAUUGGAGACUUGACAGGCAUUCAAUGACUCGGCCGUUUCCGAACCAACUGCGAGAGAACUAUUUGGGCACGUGCCCCGGAAAGAGCUUUUAUUCAUUCCGUGGUGCAACCGUAGUUACGUUGGUCUCGGAGUGUGCAACCUGUGCCAAUGAUGCAAGCUUGCGUAAAGAUGAAAAUGCGAGCAUGAAAAGAAGGCUACAGGGUGGUUAGUUUUGUCCCAACGUCGGUAUAUAAUCUAGUAGGAAUCAACUUGUCUCGUUGUGUGCACUACCAUUUUACCCGGAGAAAACUUAAGGACAAAAUACGCAUUAAAAUUACGGCACGCACAGUUAUGCGACUCAAGAAUCGCACGUGCAAAUCUGCAUUUUCUUACAGCCAAAUGUUCCGUUCAGACUGGCAACUGAGAAUGUGCGCGAGACACCUAGCUGGGCUUGGCGACCAGCCAUCCGAAUAAAUCUACAACGCGUCGCAACAAACUGCCCCAAAGCACUGCCAACUUGAGCUACGGAAACAACUGCCGAGUAGCGUUCUAAACUUUUGCCCCAUCACAGUGUGGCUUUCUGAUGCGAGAGGCCAGGGAUCCUAGCCGUUCAUUGAGCACGCAGAAAGCAAUCUAUCAUGAGGGUUCUCAGUUCUGGGGCUCAUGUUUUACAAUCGCGGAAGCUAAAAGCACGGACUUAUUUUUCAAACCGGGGCAAAGAUAACGUCUUUGGGGCGGGUUCUGCUCCGAGUAAACGAAAGACCGUUAUUGUAUGCGGAGAAAAUUUACACUAACAGAAAUUUCUAUUUCCCGCGUAAGACAAUUUCGGCUCGUUAUUCUUGGCCAGAAUUGGGCGGCACUUAUUAAAAUUGUCUAUGCAUUCGCGCAGUUCCUUUCUAUGUCUCGAAAUAGCGAAACAACUCCACCAACCAAUGGCGCUGCUCUCGGCAUGGCGCAAGCUCAGACGCUUCGUUUCACCCGAAUCUUCUCUGCACGUCCAGUGCCCAGACCUGGUGCGGGCAAGCGCUCCCUCGUUGUCCAAACAGUGUGGUGGUCUAUAGUCGGGUUAACGCGCAAUACGAAGCCUGUCCAUUUUAAUUUCAAGAUAUGUAACGUGACCUCGGCUUCAGUCUGUUUAGUCUGCAGUAAUAUUGCGACGUGGAACCACAAAUGUCAUCCUCGCCGGACGACCCUGGUCAUUGCUGGCAUCUUCGUCCGAGAAUGGUGCUUCACACUAGGUGACGAAACGAGGACGGGACGUGGCCAAACACGAGUCGAAAGUGUUUCGGCGGAGUGCCGACAAAAUGAAGAUGCCUCAUGUCUAAUGUCUAAAGGUCGACAGAGAAUCCUCGUGUGCAACUAGAUGAGCGCACCAGGAAGCUAGUCCGUACGUACCGGGGAGUAUGAUGCAGAAAGAUUUUGUUAGUCAGCUGUUUGCAUUUCACGUUCCGUGUCUAGACUGCAAAUGUCGUGGUGUUUCCAAAGACCGAGCAUAUUUUGUCUCUUAGAAAUGAACGGCGUGUAUGGUAUACGGUGUACAUAGAUAUACAGUCACGUUGCGAAGCUCGUAUUUAUUUGUACAGCUUUCACCCUAUUCCGGUGCAGUUGGACGGUGUUGUGAGUCUAAGAAUAAAUAUGUUUUCUACGAGA